UCCCCUUCCCACCCCGUCACGUGAGAGCGGCGGAGCGCGCGCAUAAACACCCUCUCGGCCCGGCGACUGUGGCGGAGCUGAGGCGAAGAGCGCUGCGGGGGGCGGGUUCCGCCGUGCGAGUCCACACACCGGGCGCCGCCCCGGGGCGAAGGUUGCCCUCCUUGCCAGCAGCAGCUCCACAGUCCGUGCUUCUUUCCCUCGGCAAAGGUGGUCGCCGCCUUUUUCAGCCCUCAAAGACACCCCACAGAACUGAGACAUUGGAGAUUGCUGGGGUGUCAGCCAGAUUCAUAGGCCUUUGGUCUUGGUACAUCUGCUUUUUGCAGGCUACUGAAGAAUGUGUGGGCGAACAGCUGUUGUACUGGGAGCAGAUCGUAUCCGCCGUGCCUGUGAAUACCGUGAUAAUCAAGGAAAAAGAAGGUGUCCAGAAUGGAAAAAUGCUGACAAAUAUAGUCCAUCCUACAAUAAGAGCCCACAGUCUAAUAGCCCUGUGCUUCUCUCCCGACAACACUUUGAAAAGGAUGCCAACUCUUCUGAACGUGUCCUUGUAGCUAUGCGUUGGGGGCUGGUUCCAGCCUGGUUUAAGGAAGCUGACCCAUCUAAAAUGCAGUAUAACACUGCAAAUUGCCGGAGUGAUACCAUGAUGGAGAAACUUUCCUACAAGGGGCCUCUGAUAAAAGGCAAACGCUGUGUUGUGCUGGCUGAUGGCUACUACGAAUGGCAACAACGAAAUGGGCAGAAGCAACCCUAUUUCAUUUACUUCCCCCAGGCCAAGGAUAAAAAGCUCGGCAAACUAGAUGUGGAAGGUGAGGAUGAAGAUUCAGAGGUCAGGAAGUUACUCACCAUGGCUGGUAUUUUUGAUUGUUGGGAGCCCCUUGAUGGAGGAGAAACAUUGUACAGCUAUACCAUCAUCACAGUAAAUGCUUCAAAAGAUCUAAGCUCCAUCCAUCACAGAAUGCCAGCUGUCUUGGAUGGGGAUGAGGCGAUCAGAAAAUGGCUGGAUUUUGCAGAAGUACCCACACAAGAAGCUGUUAAGCUUAUCCAACCCACAGAAAACCUUGCUUUCCACCCAGUCUCAACCAUAGUGAACAAUUCCAGAAAUAAUACACCAGAAUGCAUUGUACCCAUUGAACUGGAGUUCAAGAAGGAUACCAAAGUUGGUGCAAGCAGCAAAAUAAUGAUGAACUGGUUAAAAAACAAAUCUCCCAAGAAAGAAGAUGAUGGAGAUGGCUUACCAAGAUGGUCCAGCCAGUUUAUCCAAACCACACCACCUAAAAAGACCAGUUCAAGCUUAAUACAUCAGUGGCUCAAGAAGGAAGAUGGAGAACCUUCUGCAAAGCAUCCCAAAAUUCAGUGACUUGUUACUUGCACUUUAUUCUUAAAACACAUUUGGCAGUUUCUACUGAUUUGAGUUUGCGGAGUGGGAUUGCAAAUAUUCUGACUAUGCGGCCCUUGACAUUUAACACUUUUUCUUGUCUGUCGUACAAACUGGGGUGUGCAUUUUAUUUACAGUGUUGCUAUUCCCCUGCCAAACUUGGGAGAGCAAUUGUACUUCAAAUAUGUGAGACACUUAAUAUAUUUCUCCUCCUAGGAGAGAAACAAAGAUUCUGUAUGGCAUGUUUCUUGUCCUGGUGUUCAUCCAGUUCACUUACUGGAUUCUUUGGAGAAAACAGACUACUGUUAAAACUAAGAGCUCCUGUUGCAAAAAUGAAAAUAACUGUUCUUAAAGCACUAUGAAUACCUUAUAUUCAUCUUAUGAGGCCUGGUGUGUCUACUUCACUUACUUUGUAAGUAUGGGCUGUAUUAGUGGGAAACUGCUAUGGUGGUGGUAUGUCUGUAGCUACUGUUUUAAUUAUAACUGCCCAAAAUUGUGAUGAGAAAAUGUAUGGCAAGAAUUCAGUACACUGGCAUUGUAGAAAGAAUGAGAGUUUGGGCCUAUUUUUCUGACAUCAAACUUACUCAUAGUCGGAAUUGUACAGGUUCUCAUGUUUUAAGCAAGGUUGCCCGUUUCAACAAUAAGAGAUACAUCUUUUGGUUUAGUUUGUGGCUAGCAUUGUUCUUGGCAUAUCAAAGGAUUAUUUUGUAACCUCUCUGACAAAUGAAAGACUCUUAAGAGGAAUUAAAUACACUCAGAAUUCUUUUUAGUAACGUUGAGCUGCUCUGGUACUCUGCUGUGUUGAACAACACCUGCUAAAAAUUGAUUUUCUAGAAGGGACAAAGCACAUGCUGUUAUGUUUCUGGUCUUAAGUUUUGAAUAAGCAGGUGCAAAUCUUACUAAAGCUCACUAUUUGAGCACAGUUUAGCAGAAGCCAGGCCCUCUGGAAAACAUUAAUUGCUUUUAUUUAAAUAAUGGUGGUAAAAAAUAAAAUGCGUUUCUAUCUCA